CUCUAAGAGAGCGUCUCUCAGUCACUGUUCUCUUUAAAGUCACACUUUCAGAGUCAAGCAUCAGAGCGCGAUCACUCGCAACUCGCCUUCUCGUCUGCGUAAAAGUCAAAGGAGCGUCCAAAACUUUUUUCUUUUUGGCUUUUUUUCUUUUUUGCACUCAAGGAUUCAAGUUUGCCAGUCAAGCUGUGCGCCCUCACAGACUGUCACUGCAGUCUCUGGGCACAGCACUUGGAUUUAGAAAGAAGGAUUUUUCUCCUUUUUAUCUGUGAUACGCUGUUCUUUAAUUUUUUCGCAUGAAUCUCCUCGACCCUUACCUGAAGAUGACAGAAGAACAGGAGAAGUGUCACUCCGACGCUCCCAGCCCCAGCAUGUCUGAGGACUCCGCGGGCUCUCCUUGCCCGUCCGGCUCCGGCUCGGACACCGAGAACACCCGUCCGUCCGACAACCACCUCCUCGGGGGCCCAGACUACAAGAAGGAGGGCGAGGAAGAGAAGUUCCCCGUGUGCAUCAGAGAUGCGGUGUCCCAGGUGCUGAAGGGCUACGACUGGACGCUGGUGCCGAUGCCAGUGCGCGUCAACGGCUCAAGUAAAAACAAACCUCACGUCAAAAGACCCAUGAACGCAUUCAUGGUGUGGGCACAAGCUGCACGGAGGAAGCUGGCCGAUCAGUACCCGCAUCUGCACAACGCGGAACUCAGCAAAACCCUUGGCAAACUUUGGAGAUUGCUCAACGAAGUAGAGAAGCGCCCGUUUGUGGAGGAAGCAGAGCGUCUGAGAGUGCAGCACAAAAAGGAUCAUCCCGACUACAAAUAUCAGCCAAGGCGGAGAAAGUCCGUGAAGAACGGACAAAACGAACCCGAGGACGGCGAGCAAACGCACAUAUCUCCCAAUGCGAUCUUCAAGGCGCUGCAGCAGGCCGAUUCUCCGGCGUCGAGCAUGGGCGAGGCGCACUCUCCAGGAGAACAUUCAGGUCAAUCCCAGGGCCCACCAACACCCCCAACCACCCCCAAGACAGACCUCCCCUCCAGCAAGGCUGACCUGAAGCGUGAGGGGCGCCCCAUGCAGGAGGGUACCAGUCGCCAGCUCAACAUCGACUUUGGAGCAGUGGACAUUGGCGAGCUGAGCAGCGAAGUCAUCUCCAACAUGGGGAGCUUUGACGUCGAUGAGUUCGAUCAGUACCUGCCGCCUCACAGCCACGCUGGGGUGACCGGCGCAGCCCAGGCCGGCUACACUGGCAGUUACGGCAUCAGCAGCUCCUCAGUCAGCCAGGCAGCCAAUGUCGGGGCCCACGCUUGGAUGUCCAAGCAGCAGCAGCAGCACUCUCUGACCACCUUGGGUGGAGGCGGCGAGCAGGGCCAGCAGGGUCAACAAAGAACCACCCAGAUCAAGACGGAGCAGCUGAGCCCCACACACUACAGCGAGCAACAAGGCUCCCCACAGCACGUCACCUACGGGUCCUUCAACCUGCAGCACUACAGCGCCUCCUCUUACCCCUCUAUCACAAGAGCACAGUAUGACUAUUCUGAACAGCAAGGUGGUGCCAACUCCUACUACAGCCAUGCAGCUGGCCAGGGCUCCGGCCUGUACUCCACCUUCAGCUACAUGAGCCCCAGCCAGAGGCCGAUGUACACCCCAAUCGCUGACACCACCGGCGUGCCCUCCGUACCCCAGACCCACAGUCCGCAGCACUGGGAGCAGCAGCCCAUUUACACACAGCUGUCCAGGCCGUGAAGAGGCAGCCUCAGCACUGACUGUACAACAAUCGCCCCAUGCAUAGACUUCUCUCUGCACGGUGGCCUUCGCGCCACCACUUCACACACCCUGCAUUGCCAACAGAAAAACAUGACAAGGACUUUUUUAUAGUACUGAAAAUAUAUCUUUGAAUUGGCUCACAACAGUGCCUUUUGUAUUGGUUGGAAUUGUGAUUAUAUUUUUUUAGAUAUAAUGUUUAAAAAAGUUAAAUCCUCUGUGAGGACAUACUGGUUAUAAAUAUUUUAGUAUGUACUGUGUAUGUGUUCUACUCUUGUCAUCCUCAUCUCAUAAUCAGUGUCAUUAGCAUCCUCAUCGUCACGAUUUGAAGGUUUCACACGUUCAAAGGAGCAGGAGUGCCGAGUAAAAACACCCUCAGUGGCCUUACUUCUCACUAAUGUAUUUUUUGUACAGGAAGUAAGAAACGUCUGUUUACUGACACUGCCAUCUUAUAAUAGCCUUCAUUCUGAUUUGAAUAUUUGUACUGUACAUAUGUUAUUGUAAUUCCUAUGAGAUACAAGGUUUGAGCAAUGCACGUUGGAAAUAGAUUUGAAUUUUUGGCCAUGAUAUGACCGUGUCAUCAGUGAAUUAGUCAAAUAUUCUACUUCUCGUUCUUUGCUUUAGCUCAGACGAUUGUGUUGGAAACGCUAUAGCAGGUGCCAUGUAACUCUACUAGGGGCCUUACCGUGUUGCUAGACGUAACUGAGCAAUGCUUGCUUUUAUCUGGGUACUGCCUUGAUACCAUUGGUGCCUCUGGAGCCACAGUAGAGCGGCUCCGUCAACUGGCAUUGUAGUGUCAAAACCACAGCAUAGUUCUGACUUCCUGUUUUAGGGGGAAUACAGGAAGUGACCAUUUACGUGACUCUCCUCAGCAGCCAGCAGGUCUGAGUCUGGCGUGCUUCUGUCAUUCCCACAGCCUUUUCCUAACCUUUUUUUUUCUUAAUUUAUUCCUUAGCAUAAAUUUUAUUUGAAAAUAACUAUUUGCAAUUAUCUUUUUAAUUCAGCAGCAGCUUACAGCAGCUGACAUAUGUGGUACAAAUUUGUUUAUUUAUCAUUUGUAAAUGUUUCCGUAUUAAAGUUUCCUUUAUUCAUGAUCUAGUUAUGUACAGAUUACUUAUAAUUACACGAUAAGUCUUUCUCUUAAAAAAGAAAAACUGGAAGUCUUCUGUCUUUUCUCUCUAACAAAUGAAUUAAUGUUUAUGGAAGCCGUGGCCGUUUUGUAAAGAAUUUGCUGGAAUCAACAGGAUACUUUUUGUUUUUGAAAAAAAAAAAAAAGUUGUGUUCCUCAUUUUGUAUUCUGUAUCAUUAGUUCUUCUUUUGUCAUCUUUCUUAAUGCAGUUUCCCUAUAGGUAAACAUGCCAUUGUCUUAAAAGCUUAUCUUUUGUAUUAUAUUGUUUGCAAUAAAAACAAAAC